AUGGUAGCCUUUACCUUCUCGCUGCAAGACGCUCCUAAUAAGCGUGGCAUCUACUCGCCGCUGCAACCACACGUCAAAGCCAGCCUCAAACUCCACUUCCAGAACCCAGUCCGUGUCCAGACCAUCAAGGCGUCCUUCAAGGGCCGCAUGGCCACCAGCAUAGUCGAAAGAACAUACUCAUACACAGACGUGGUCAACAUGGACGGAACACACACUCUGCGGCAGGAGCCCGACUCCCAGACCUUGGAGGCGUUCCACCCGCUGUUUUGCUACACAAAAACCGUCUCUGGAAACAUCGAGUACCCGGCCACGCUCGAAAAAGACUCCGUUCUGGAGCUGCCGCUGGAGUUCCAGUUCCCUGUCGACCGGCAGCUGCUCCCCUCGUCGUGCAGCGCGCACGGCGAACAGGCCGUGGGCAAGGGCUCGAUUUCGACGCAGUACGAGAUCGACGUCGCCAUCGUCCGCCCGGACGCAGACCCCAUCACCGCCUCUUUCCCUAUCAGCUUCCAGGCCGACUCGGAUCCCACAUCCGGUCACGUGAGCAAAAUUCGCUCGGAAGCCUCGCACAUUUUCCCCGGGUGCGCCCGUCGACUGGUUCAAUGCGGCGGCGCCGUCGUGCAGAGCCCGUUCGUGACAAUGCCGUGGUACUCGCUGCGACUGCGCAGAUUGCUGCGUCUGCACAGACGGGACCCGCAGCUCGCCGCAGACGUGCUGCUCAGCGCGCAGCUGUCCACGGUGUCACAUCUUGGCUUUGGCACCAGCAUCCAGAGUCUGGGCGAGCUGGUCCUGCGCACGCCGCAGACCCACGACUACACCAUCGGCGGCCUGUCUACGGGCGUGGGCGAGUUCUGCGUCCUGAACGUCAAGGCCGUCGUUCUUUCGCAGAUGCAGCUGAGGAUUGGCCAGGCCGUUGCUGAGAACGCAGGGACUCCCGUGGAGCUGUUUAAUUUCGACUACAAGCCGGGGACGGAGCCGCGAUUUGACGUGGCCGAGUUUGAGGAGCACGACGGCAUGCUUUCUGGCCGGCUGCCGCUGAGCAAGCUGCUACCAGACGUCUCGUUGCUGGACGUGCUGGAGGAGCCAUUCAUGCCCAACAUCCAGAUCGGGAGCUGUUUCAAGAACACGACGCGUCUAAUGUUCUCGCUGACACUGUGCAACAACGGCAUCCUCAAGAAACGGACCCACGAGCUCAGGUUCUACCACGACAUCGUGCUGGGCCCUAUCGACAAGCCAGCGCCGGAUUACAGCCUGAUAGAGCACACGCCCGCUCCCGCAUAUACGCUGCCGCAGCAGAGUUGCGAUCUGGUCCUGCUCACUGCCGAGGAGUCCAACUCGCUGGCUCCGCCUGUGUACUGUAGAUAG